AUGGACAAUCUCGUCGCCAUCGGCGUAGGUCUUGGGCUGCGCGCACUCAUCGACGUCGUGACGCAUCAUAACCAUCGCGUCAAUGGCUCCCUCGUCGGCCUCUGGGAAGGCGCCGUUCUGCGUCACUUUAUCACAAAAUACCCUUCCUCGCUCGACCCCUACAUCGCUUAUGGCUUCAGGCUACUCGUGGACUUGCUAUGGACGAACAGCUGGAUGCGUCUCAUCAUUGUGGUCUUGUGGACACUGAUGGGG